UGGCACUAGAAACGCAAUGAAAAUGCGCAACCAACACUUGACUGGACAUGGACUCGGCAAUGCCCGAUCGUUGCUCGGACUCAUUAUAAUUUUUGUGAUUUGGCAACAGUGUCAUGCUAUGACUACUUCAAACACCCCAUGUAAAAGGCAACAUACACAAAAGGACUGCGCAAUUAUCAAGGCUAUUUCUCAGGGAGUGGGCGAUUAUUGUAAUAACGACAAUUUUAAAUGUGACCCAAGAUUAACAUGCACUUACUCAAAGUGCUGGGGUUGUAUCGACGAUAUAUGUUACCCGGACUGUGGCCGUGUUAAAAGAUUGCCUCCCAACCGUCUACCAAGUUGGUUUCAACGUACGCCGCUUGAAAACUUUGCACAAAAAUAUAUAGAGCCCAAUUAUGAUGACGAAUCUACUAAAUACGCAUCCAUCGAUUAAAUACAUACGUUUUACAUGUAUGCGCAUAUGUAAUAAGUGUCUAAUUAUAUUAAUCUGAAAGUUAUGGUAUAGGCAAAAAAAAGAAAUUGAACAAAAAAAUAAUAAUUAUGAGAAUGCAUGAAUACUGCAAGCACAAAUUCACCUUGUUUUAAAUG